AUAAUGCUUGUAAGCCAGAGGUGAAAGUGGCUCAUCGGAGCAACAUCGGGAAAUCUGGCAGACUGGAAGAGAACGGCUGCCCCCCAGGGCAGCUGCCAAGUGUGAAGCAUGGAGGAAAGUAAGAAUGAGAAGGUGAACCAGGCUCAUGUUCUCUUCGACAGAUUUGUCCAGGCUUCAACCUGCAAGGGGACUCUCAAGGCUUUCCAGGAGCUCUGUGACUACUUAGAACUAAAGCCCAAGGACUAUCGUUCUUUCUAUCACAAACUCAAAUCCAAGCUAAAUUACUGGAAAGCCAAAGCCUUGUGGGCCAAAUUGGAUAAAAGAGGCAGCCAUAAGGACUAUAAGAAGGGGAAAGCAUGCGCCAACACGAAGUGUCUGAUAAUUGGGGCUGGACCCUGUGGCCUUCGUACAGCCAUCGACCUGUCAUUCCUAGGAGCCAAGGUGGUGGUCAUAGAAAAGAGGGAUGCCUUUUCCCGAAAUAAUGUGCUGCAUUUGUGGCCAUUCACCAUACACGACUUGAGGGGUCUUGGCGCCAAAAAGUUUUACGGCAAAUUCUGUGCAGGAUCCAUAGACCAUAUCAGUAUCCGACAGCUCCAGCUUAUCCUUUUGAAGGUUGCCUUGAUCUUGGGAAUAGAGAUCCAUGUCAAUGUGGAAUUUCAGGGGCUUGUUUACCCUCCGGAGGAUCAGGAGAAUGAAAGAAUAGGUUGGCGGGCAUUGGUCCACCCAAAAACCCAUCCAGUAUCGGAGUAUGAGUUUGAAGUCAUCAUUGGAGGGGAUGGCAGGAGAAACACCUUAGAAGGGUUUCGCCGGAAAGAGUUCCGUGGUAAACUAGCAAUUGCUAUCACAGCAAACUUCAUCAAUCGCAACACCACAGCUGAAGCCAAAGUAGAAGAGAUCAGUGGUGUGGCCUUCAUAUUCAACCAGAAGUUCUUCCAGGAUCUACGAGAAGCCACAGGUAUUGACUUGGAGAACAUUGUCUACUACAAAGAUGAUACGCACUACUUUGUCAUGACUGCCAAAAAACAGAGCUUGCUGGAAAAAGGAGUGAUACGACAUGAUUAUGCCGACACAGAGUUACUACUCUCACGGGAGAAUGUGGACCAGGAGGCUCUGCUAAACUAUGCCAGAGAAGCAGCUGAUUUCUCCACUAAUCAGCAGCUGCCAUCACUGGACUUUGCCAUCAAUCACUAUGGCCAGCCAGAUGUGGCCAUGUUUGACUUCACGUGCAUGUACGCAUCGGAGAACGCAGCCCUGGUGCGAGAGCAGAAUGGCCACCAGCUGCUUGUGGCACUGGUUGGGGACAGUCUCUUAGAGCCAUUUUGGCCAAUGGGAACUGGAAUAGCCAGGGGAUUUUUGGCUGCAAUGGACUCUGCUUGGAUGGUACGAAGUUGGUCACUCGGAGCUAGUCCUUUGGAAGUUCUUGCAGAGAGGGAAAGCAUUUAUAGAUUACUGCCUCAGACCACCCCUGAGAAUGUGAGUAAAAACUUCAGCCAUUACAGCAUUGAUCCCGCCACCCGGUAUCCCAAUAUCAACAUGAACUUCUUGCGGCCACAGCAGGUACGCCACUUGUACAAUACAGGAGACUUGAAAGACAUUCACCUGGAAAUAGAGAACUUUGUGAACUCCAGGACACCAAAGCUGACUCGGAAUGAGUCCGUAGCUCGCUCUAGUAAAUUGCUCAGCUGGUGCCAGAGGCAGACGGAUGGAUAUGCUGGUGUAAAUGUGACAGAUCUCACCAUGUCAUGGAAAAGUGGCCUAGCUUUGUGUGCCAUUAUCCACAGAUACCGUCCAGACUUAAUAGACUUUGAUUCUUUGGAUGAGCAGAACGUGGAGAAGAAUAACCAGCUGGCCUUUGACAUCGCUGAAAAAGAGUUUGGAAUAUCUCCCAUUAUGACUGGAAAGGAAAUGGCAUCUGUGGGAGAGCCAGAUAAACUGUCGAUGGUGAUGUACCUCACGCAGUUCUAUGAGAUGUUCAAAGACACCAUCCCCUCUAGCGAUGCUCUGGACCUGAAUGCAGAAGAAAAAGCUGCCCUAAUUGCCAGUACCAAAUCACCCAUCUCUUUUCUCAGUAAACUGGGACAAAGCAUCUCUCGGAAACGCACUCCAAAGGACAAAAAAGAAAAGGAACUGGACGGUGCAGGAAAGAGGAGAAAAACCAGCCAAUCUGAGGAUGAGGACAUCCCACGAAGCUACAGAGAAGAAAGGCCCACGCUGGUGAGUGCCUUGACAGAGAGGAGAAUUGACGCUGCCAUUGGGAAUCAGAACAAAGUCAAGUCGAUGGCAACCCAGCUGCUGGCCAAGUUUGAGGAGAAUGCACCAGUGCAGUCCUCAAGCUUACGAAGACAGCAACCUGUCCUGCCUUAUCAAGAACGUGUUCACAAUCAACCAUCCAGCAGACGAGAGCAGGGCCGUCUUGCUCCCAUACCCCAGUGGAAACAGAUGAGGAGUAGAGAACGUUCUCGGACCUGCCCCAAAAAAGUGAUCAUGCUCUCUUCUUCCACUCCACCUUCUUCUCCACCAUAUCCCAGGCAGCAGAGAUACAGGGAACCUGGUGCCGGCUAUCCCGGGGAGCAGAGUCCCAGACAGGAAAGGAGAUCUCCUCGUUUAUUUUCUGAUGACCAAGUGCCUGAGAAUAUUGAGCAAAGGGCAUGUCAGCUGGCUGCCCUCCUGGAGUCCAGACCUGCAGCAAGGCAUCAGCCUGAGUCUCGGCGAUUCUUUGUUGACCAGUGGGAGCUCUCCCUUAGCCUCCGUUCUUCUAAUCGCCCUUCUUCACCUUCAUCUGACUCUCUCCGACAGAAGUAUAUAAAGAUGUACACAGGCGGCGUGAGCUCAUUGGCUGAGCAGAUAGCCAAUCAGCUUCAAAGGAAAGAGCCACCCAAAACCCUUCUAGACAAGAAGGAACUGGGCUCACUCAAAAAGGAGUUCCCUCAAAACCUGGGAGGCAGCGAUGUCUGUUACUUCUGCCACAAGCGAGUCUACGUGAUGGAGAGGCUGAGCGCCGAAGGCAAGUUCUUCCACCGCAGUUGCUUCAAGUGUGAAUACUGUGCGACGACUCUGCGCUUGUCAUCUUAUGCCUAUGAUAUUGAAGAUGGUAAAUUCUACUGUAAGCCUCACUACUGUUACCGACUCUCUGGUUAUGCUCAAAGGAAGAGGCCAGCAGUGGGUCCUCUGUCAGGAAAGGACGCCAAAGGACCUCUGCAGGACGCCAUGGCAAGCGAUGGCAGUGGACGGGCAAAUACCAUCUCCGCCUCAGCAGAGAGGGCCCCAGGUUCUAAUGUAAAUGGGCUGGAAGAGCCCAGCCUUGCCAAGCGGCUGCGUGGCACACCUGAGCGGAUUGAGCUGGAGAACUACCGACUGUCGCUGCAGCGGGAAGAAGAACUGGAAGAGGUUCCUGAAGAGACACUGGCAGAGCAUAACCUGAGCAGCGUGUUGGACAAAGGGACAGAAGAGGAUGUGCCCAGCAGGGAAAAAAAAAAAGGAAGAGGACCCUUUCACCCUGCAGAUAUGUUCUCUGAAUGUGCUGUAGUUCACGUGCAUUUUCUGGAGACAAAGAAGACCAUCUUUCUCCCCAGUACCUCUAGUAGUUCAGAGUCUGAGAUGGAGGAGGAAGAUGAGGAGGAAGAUGAUGAACUACUGCUGCCUCAGCAACCCCCUUCAGAUUUGGGUGGUGUGCCAUGGAAAGAGGCUGUGCGUAUCCAUGCCCUCCUGAAGGGAAAGAGUGAAGAAGAGAUUGAGGCUGAGGAAAAUCAUGAGAUUGAGGACAAAGAAGAUGAGGAGGAGGAGGAAGAGGAAGACGAAGAGGAGGAAGACGAGGAGUCGAGCGAAGAGGGGGAGUAUUGCCCUUGGGAGAGCGAGCUGCAGCAAGGUCUUUGGCUUCAACGUCUCUCAAAUGAAGAGGACACGGGUACAUUUAAAGCUGGAAACCUUAGACUGCAGCAGAUUGUAAAUCCUGUCGAUCCUCUGGAGAUCCUGGCAGAUGUGCACUGGACACACAUCCGUGAAAAAGAGGAGGAGGAAAAAAUGGUCCCAACCUUAAAGUCCUCCACCUCCAGAGCAUCCGACCUUCCCUCCGUACGCCAUGAGGCGGUACAGGCGUGGCUGGAGACGGUCCCUGGAGCUCCGUGUGAGGAUAAUGAUGUGGAGGACGAGGUGGGCACGGAGCCUGCAGACACUGAAGGGCAGGCAGGUGAAGAGGGAGACACAGGAGCAGAGCUGGAUGACGAUGACAUCCCAUCGGAUGCAGAAGCAGAGUAUCGCUUACAUCAAGCUGGCGUAGAAGAACCAGAACUACAAGUCUCUGAGGAUGAGGAAGAUGAAGAAAGAGAAGAAGGUGCUUCUUGCAGUGUGACAGAAGAUCCAUGCAAGCCAUCCAUCCCUAUCCAGUCACCUAGUGACAGUGUGCUUCCUCUGUCUCCAGUUGACAGUCCCAAAGCAAAACAAGCAGAGGAUGUAAAAGAAGUAUUCCGUGCAAUAAAAUCUCCAGAGGGACGCUUUUUUCCUGAGCCUUUCAUUCGUGAAGAAGGACCAAAGGAUGAAAUUCCCAAAGACAGGAAAGUUAAGAGCCCUUUGGUGCCACCAUCUCCGGUGUUAUCCCAGCCAGUUGCAUCACCAGAAGCCAUUGCACCUACGUCACUAGCAGAGUCUCAGCCAGCAGGACCAACACUGGCUUCAUCCCCAACAUCUGCUCAAAUGCCUAUCUGUUCUCAGCCUUUGCCUUCUGCCGAAACAUCCAUUCCAUCCCCGGUGGAGCCUCCAGUAUGUUUCCAACCUGUCCCAGCCUUAACGUCUACUCCUUUAGCCAAACUUGUCCUUAGGGGCCAGGAUGGCGAGGUGGAAAAACUGGGGAGCCCUACUACUGCAGAAGAAGCCCUGAAACGGAGUAACCUUGUAGAGGAGUUCUGGAUGAAGAGUGCUGAAAUCCGGAGGAGCUUAGGACUCACCCCAGUAGACAGAAACAGACGCUCAGAGACAAGCUUUACUGUAUCUGCCCUUGAGACAACUCCUCUGAAGACUUUUAAUACUGAGAAUAUUUCAGGGGAUGAAAGGAUCCAGCUUGUGAAACCCCAGCCUGCCCCAAGAAGACAGGGACUGUCCAAGUUAGAAAAUGAGCAGAUUUCUCUGCUCACUCCAAAAUCUCCAUCAGAAAAAGAGCUAAAGAGUUCCAGUGAAGAAAGGAGAGAUGUAUCCAGCAGUUCUGGACUUGGCCUUCAGGAGAGCUCAUCUAACAUGAGAACUAUGGCUAGCCAAAGCUUCAACACUUCUGACUCUACCAUGCUUACUCCUCCAUCAAGUCCUCCACCACCACCUCCUCAGGAUGAAGAACCAGCCACUUUGCGCAGAAAGAGGCAUCAAGCUGUCUGGCAGAAUGAGGUUGAAGCCAGGUCACCUCCAACACCAGCAUCAACACCUCCUGCUCCCCCACGCCGUGAGCCAACCUCUGCUGCCAAAGAGUCAACCCAGGCCAAAAAAGAUGAUGUGCGGAAAUCUUUUGCAGAGAGUGUGGAUGAGAUUCCAUUUGCUGAUGAUGUAGAGGAUACAUAUGAUGACAGGACAGAGGACUCAAGCCUUCAUGAGAAGUUCUUUACACCUCCUACCAGUAGGCCAAGGCCAGAGAAACCACUUCUUUUGCCCUUGGUGAAAGAAAAUGGUGGUCCACCCUCAAUGGAAGGAGUUAACCAAAAGAAGAGAGCGUUGCCUGAAAUUUCUGUGGAGGCCAAGGAGCUUGCUGAAGAAAGAAUGAGAGCCAGGGAGAAGUCUGUCAAGAGCCAAGCGCUGCGUGAUGCCAUGGCUAAACAGUUGUGUAAGAUGAAAGACAUGGAGAUGGCUGCAGCUGCUACUGGGGCCACAAGAGCACGAAAGGCGUCUUCUAUGCCCUUGAAGACCAAAGAGUUGUUUUAUGAAUCUCCAAAGCAUCUGGCCUUGAAAAUAGCAGAGGCCUCCACACGAAAGCAUGAUGCUGCUAGUGAGAAGUUUUCCACUCCUCCUGCUGAUGUGGCUGGACCUGAAGGGUCUGUCACCUCUUCAGAAGGCUCCAGUGGGAAGAGUAAGAAAAGAACUUCUCUUUUCUCCCCUCGUAAGAACAAAAAGGAGAAGAAAUCCAAAAAUGACAGCAGGCUUUCUGACAAAUCUAGUGGUGGGACAGAGGAAGCAACAAAGCCUAGGUCAUUAUGGAAGUCUGUUUUCUCUGGGUAUAAGAAAGACAAGAAGAAAAAGACCGAUGACAAAUCCUGCCCAAGUACUCCCUCAAGUAGUGCCACUGUGGAUUCUGGCAAGCACAAAGCUUCUCCGUUGAUAACAGCUGCAGAUUUGCAGCUCCGCCAACACCUGAGUUUCUCAGAGGACUCUGACCUCUCCAGUGACGAUAUUCUGGAACGUUCCUCACAGAAAUCCAAGCGAGAGGCGUUUCAUGGGAAAUCCUGCAUUUUCCAAGAGAUGCAGAAGAAUGAGUCGAUUUAUGUACCACACGCCUUGGCAUUCAAGAGAUCAUAUUCGUCAAAGAGAGCCUACACAGAGGAGGAACUGAAUGCCAAGCUGACGCGGCGAGUACAGAAAGCUGCCCGUAGACAAGCCAAGCAAGAAGAGCUAAAGAGGUUACACAGAGCUCAGAUCAUCCAGCGGCAGCUUGAACAAGUGGAAGAGAAGCAGAGGCAACUGGAGGAGAGAGGGGUUGCUGUGGAGAAGGCCCUUCGGGGAGAAGCAGUUGAGCCCAAUGCCGGGACACCACGUCGUAGACCUCUCUCCUUCUGCCCUUGCUGUGCCCAUGAAGGCAUGGGGAAGAAGGAUGAUCCCAAGCUGAUGCAGGAGUGGUUCAAGCUGGUGCAGGAGAAGAAUGCCUUGGUUCGCUACGAGUCUGAACUGAUGAUAUUCGCUCGGGAGCUAGAACUGGAAGACAGGCAGAGUCGGUUACAGCAGGAGCUCCGGGAGAGGAUGGCAGUAGAAGAUCAUCUGAAGACAGAUGAGGAGCUCUCAGAGGAGAAGAAGAUCCUGAAUGAGAUGCUAGACGUAGUGGAGCAGAGAGAUUCUCUCGUGGCUCUUCUUGAGGAGCAACGGCUUCGAGAAAAAGAAGAAGACAAGGACCUGGAGGCAGUCAUGCUUUCCAAAGGUUUUAGCUUGAACUGGUCCUGAGCUUACAUUUACCUCUGCUGGUCUGUGUUGUCCAGUUGGCCUACCCUGAGUUCGCCGGAAUUACAUGGAUAGGAAGAUGCUGAAGGGGAAUCCUCCAAAGGGUCCGACAGCAUGCAGGGAUUUGGUUUGAAGCACUCAGAAGCCUUUUGAUAAUUGUGUUGGUUCCAGAAGCUUAAGUUUUACAUGUCUGCAAGGCAAGUUGGAGAUAGCGAAUUGAGACUGUGGAGUCUCCUUGAGGUCCUAUACGAUGGACCGUGUUUUUGUGUGUGUGGUAGGAGAGGAAUAAUCCAUGUGUGGGGAAGGAUGUUAAGGGAAGAAGUAUCCCUAACUAAACUGGAUUCCUGGCAGUCCAUUCCUUUCCCAUUUUUACUACACCAGUUCUAAUAAAAGGGAGGGAAGCCACAACCCUCUCUGGAAAACCACAGCAGCCUGUAGCAGCUUGUUUGGUGGAGUCAGCUGUCCGAGAGAGAGCUCCAGAAGCCCUGAGGGCAACACCUUCUUUGCUUUAGUCUUCCUCCCCACCAAAGAAACCUGCAGUUGAUCAUUAUGCAUGGAUAUGAAGAAAUAUGAGAGAGAGAAGAUACUCCUAGUAUGUGUGAUGGAACUCUCUGCCUCCUGAUUUUUUAGAGAGACAUGGGCAUCAGAGGACUUCUCUCCCUACCGUAGCCUCCUAAAUCUUCUUGUUGGGGAAAAAAGGGAAGAAGAAGAGAGAGGGAAGAUGCCCUUCUGCUUUGCUACACACUGGAGAGACAGCUACUGCUGGCCUUAGUCUUCACGGCCACAGCUCAGAGGCUGGUGGGCUUCUUUGUUCUGUUUUUAUUGUGACUGUUUUGACACUGGAAAAUACUGACUGUGGGACAGUGGUAAGUGUGUGCUGGGGCAGGGGUGUUACCAGGCGGCAUUCCCUGGCUGUUAGGCCCCUAAAAGGGAGAAGUCCUUAAGUGACCGAACCACCAUUAAGACUUUUCAGUGUUUUUAUUUUUUUUUUUCCUCUGUAUUUUGUUUUUGCACAUUGGAAACAAAGCUUAAGACCUGCCUGGGCCCUCAGUCACUUUGACCCUUUUAUGUCAAUUAACUUAUUUUUUUAAUACUUGAAAGAAGAUUCAUUUUUGUAUCUUUUAGGAAAAAAAAAUGGACGAGUGAUGGGUGUGUGUGCCUGCUGCAUCCUACAACUUCCACUUCUAAAUUACUGGACGUUGUUACCUGUGGCUAUUUAUUAGUGUUCUUAUUAAUAAUUUGAUUGUUACACAUAUCUGAUUGUGGAGGGAGUGUUUUAACUCUGUUAGAGAAAGACACUACUGCGGAUUGGGCCCUGCUUCACAGCAAGGGCAGCCUUUAGGGACCCACAGAUGCGUCCUGCCCUAGGAGUUUUCCUUUAUGACAAAAUCCCACGCACUCAUGGAGUUCUAAGAAUCUAUUCGUGUUCCUAGCAUACUUCUCUUCUGCAUCCCAGAUUCCCUCUGUUGGACUAAUAAACCUAUAAUUUAUUUAAAUUUUACAUUUUUAUAACGGGAAAGCCAAAACUGUGAGGUAGAAAUAUCCUGUAUGUGUCUCUCUCACUGAAAGAGGGGACCCUCACGUUCCUGAGAUACAGCUUAGAGGGACUUCCAUGAAAAUAAAAGUAGCACAUUUCCUGCUGCAGAUGUUGGAAGAAGCUCUUUUUGGCUCAGCUGGUGAAGCUGCUGCUUUUCAGCCAGGAGGGUACUCACUGUAACCAUCCACUAAGCAACGAGCAGGACAUGCACUGAGCAAUUCAGCACCGUUCACUGUUUGACAGAUUCCCUGAGCACACUACAUCCUUAACCUGUCCCGCAGAGCUGAAAUAGGGCUGUGCGUUGGGCGUGCAUCCCAUCCUUGAUGUGAUGUGUUAAGAGGCUUUCUCCCCUCAGAAUGCUAUGUUCUUUUCUUGUUAAAGAAGUACUAAGCCUCCUCCCCGACGUCCUUGAGGAAGUGUCCCAUUCAUGGAGCGUACUGACUCUUUCAGCUUGAGCUCACACUGUUGAGGUAUACCCAAGGUAUACCCAAGCAGGGCUGAACAUCCUUAAAUCUUCUGUCCUAGGACAGAAGUUAGCAUGGUUUCUUGCUGAUGGUUCUCUACCUCCUUCAAAGAGGUCUUCUCUAAGCCGGGGUCUAGGAUCUGAAUUCACUUCUGACUCAGGAACAUACCUCAGGCUGAAGAAGAAUGAGUAGGGCUGUCCCCAGAGACUCUGACCGGUGCUUGUUAACUGUGGAAACAUGUUUUUUCCACCUCAAGUGUUCACCCUUCAUCCCCCCACUAAGUACUUUCUGCCAAGGCAUCACAAAUUAAAUCCAGAUGCUCGUGAAACCAAGCGGACAGGCAGCUGCAGUGCUACUUACUCAUUGUGCACGGUAGCAAGUGGUGCCUGCUGUACCAGCAUCACGGAAUGUGGGCUUACCAACAGGGUGCCCAACAAACAGAAUUCUCCUCGUUGGCCACUAAUUGGCACAAGGUUUACAUCGUCUGCAUGCGAGGGGCCAGGGGGAUCUGGAGAGGAGGAGGAGGGAAGAGAGAGGGCAGCUAGAUGUAAAGUUUAUUGUAAACUGUCUUGAGCAGAGGAUGGGCCUCGGUCCUUUUUAUAGCGCAGGAGGUACAUGGACCACAUCUAACCUUCGACAAAAGAUCACUGAAUGUGAGCUGUAGAACAGAAGGAAACCCUGAAGAAGAAAUACCAGUUCAGUAUGUUUCCCUUUCGUGCUGGGGGAUGCUGGCCAGACUCUUCGUGAUGCUGAAGAGUGAUAUUAUUUGAGGGGGUAAUGCCACACAUUCUGAAACUGACCUUUGUAGGUUACACUGAAGUCCUCCAGCAGUGAGAAUGAAAAUGAAGAGCUAACAUCGCACACACAAAUUAAUUAAAAACACAUGAAAAGGAAUGUUAAAAGGCCUUUUUAUAUCAAAGUGGUUGAAAAAGGCACAAUUUGUAUUUGCUGUUCAGUUGCACUUUAAGCAUAUGACUUGCAUAUCAGAUACUGGGUUUUUUUACUAUCUGAAUAUUUUUAAUUCAAAUUUUAUAUUUUUAAAAUCGAAGAAGGCUCUUGUGACCACAAGAUCCCUUAUUUGUAUCAGAAUCCAAGUAGGAUGUUCUAGCUCUUUGUGCUGCCCGGGUGGGCGGCAGCACAGGACUCAGCCGUGUACAUUCAAUGACGUGUGUCCGUGUCGUUAUGCGGGGGCAUCCAUCCCCAUGGGACACACUCCGUACCUGGGGGUGGUGGCCACCUCCUCCCUGCAGAAGUAGGAGGAGAGCCCAGCUUGGAACCUGUGUUCCUGGUGAAAUGGGCACGCCAAGGAUGGGGCGAGCACUUCAGUCCCCUACGGGGAAGGGAGGGGGGUACCACCUCCUAGAAACAGCCAGGAGGUGACUGGGGAUGGGGGAGUGAGGACUGCCAGAACAACCAAUCUGCUGUUUUCACAGUACAAUAUAUUUUUUUUUAAAACUGUUCUGUUCCUUUUAACCGUGUUUUCCCUAAAACUCACAAAUGGCUGUAAAAUCCUGAGCUUCGAAGAACUGUGCGUGGGGAGGUGACAAGACGUUUCAGCUCCAAGUUCCAGACAUAUUCCUUCUUUCAGUUAACCAAUACCCCAUGGUCUCGCUAGGGCAUGUUACAAACAGCAUUGCUGAACAUAUUUUAGAGCAAACCGCAAGUUUUUAAAAGUCUGUCCUUCUCUCUCUCCGUCUCUGCAUUCUAUGUAAAUAUUUGUUUGUAUGUAAAGACACCAGUGGGUCCUUGGGUUACCCCCACGGUCAAGACUCUGAGUUUUGUGCAAUGCCUAGGCCUCUCUUAGAACACGGUGCUUGCAUAGAGCUAGUCACCACAUUUGUGUGCACUCUGGUGGUUUUUAAUAUUUUUAUACAUCCUAAUUAUGAAGUAUUAUAAGUGGUCUAGACUGCAUGAUCUAGAGCAGCCGGCAGUUCCGUUUUCUUAGCAGCUGUUCCUAAAACAUUCACAGCUACACCUUGUUUGGUUAACAUUCUUUUAAAAUGAGUUUUCAAUGAAGUGUUUACACCAGACACCAGUGGAUGAGAAAGGUGUUGCGUUACAAAAUCUCCUGCAUACAAAAUGGGAAUUUCAGUCAUCACUGUCUGCAAUAAAGAGAAUUCUAAAGCGCUCUAAAAACCAGCCUGUAUAUAGUUGACAGAGAAAGAGAUCGCUGGCUCUUGACCACUGCACAAUAACAGAGAUUAGAAGCUUUCCAAAAGUUCCUGCUUUUGGAUUGCUGGGAGAACUGCUAUAGGCAGGGUAGGUGGGCAGAGGAGGAUGUCACUGAAGGCAGAUGUGAAGGGGAGGAUGCCGAGUUCUGAUGGCAUUGCAGUAACUUCAAUACUCUGUAUCUGUGCGUGCAUGCGUGUGUGCGUGAAGUCUAAUCCAGGUGAAGGGAUCUGCUCUGGCAUCUUCCCUUUUGUAUGAAAGUGAACUCUGAUAUUCAGAUUGUUCGAGGCUUUUACGGUUGGCAUGUAUGGAGUGUUAACAGAAAAGCAUAUACCCUACCUGUAAAAGGAACAACUCUGUUUUCUUCCGUUUGGUUGUGUUUUAUCGUUUGUUUUUAUGCACACUUGCUUCGUUGGUGUUGAGAUUUUAGCACCUCAGAUGGCCAACUGAACUAAAAAAAAAAAAAAUAAAGUCAUUAAUUAUUUUUUCUUUUU